AAGUGCUUAGAGUUCGUUCAUUCGUUUUUCCAAAUCAAAUCAAAUCAAAUCAGAAUCAGAAGAAACGCAACAGGGAAGAAGGAACAAGGAAAUAUACGCAAUUCAAUUUCUCUUCCCUUUGCUUUUCACAAUUCAAUAAUCUGAUCGCAUGGGUCAAGCUUUUCGCAAACUCUUCGAUUCCUUCUUCGGCAAUACCGAGAUGCGGGUUGUCAUGCUUGGUCUUGAUGCUGCUGGAAAGACAACUAUAUUGUACAAGCUUCACAUUGGAGAAGUUUUAUCUACUGUUCCCACAAUUGGUUUCAACGUUGAGAAAGUUCAGUAUAAGAAUGUUAUUUUCACGGUUUGGGAUGUUGGAGGCCAAGAGAAAUUGAGGACACUCUGGAGGCACUAUUUUAACAACACAGAUGGUUUGAUAUAUGUUGUUGAUAGUCUGGACCGCGAGAGAAUUGGGAAAGCAAAGCAAGAAUUUCAGACAAUCAUAAACGACCCGUUUAUGCUCAACAGUGUCAUCUUGGUACUUGCCAACAAACAAGACCUGAGAGGAGCGAUGACGCCAAGGGAAGUGUGUGACGGAUUAGGUCUCUUUGAUCUAAAGAAUAGAAAAUGGCACAUACAAGGCACCUGUGCACUUAAGGGCGAUGGCCUUUAUGAGGGUUUGGACUGGUUGUCCUCAACACUGAAGGAGAUGAAGGCUGCUGGAUACUCUUCAUUAGGACUAGGAACUUCAUCCUUCUAAUUUUUCAGGUAUUUUGGCCUUGGGAUUUGGUGAAUGUGCAGACUGUGACCAGUUCCAAAAUGUCUAGAUUGGUAAUCAAAUUCUUUUGGUUUUCGUGUUAAGCUGAUGAAGAAUACAGUUACUUUGCCUUUCAGGGUAUUUAAAGAUAUGUGACUUUCUACAAUUAUAGAAGUUUGUACAUGUCAAAUGAUUAACUAAAUUUUGUUGCUGUAUUGAUACCCCACGUUAAGUGCACGGGUACCUGAUAGAAGGUCUUGGAUACUGGCUGGAUCAGUUGUUCAUUCUCCCUUGAUAUUCUCCACCUUACUCUUUGUGAAUGUUAUUUCUGUGUGGCUGUGACUGAUGCAUUGAUUCAUAAAAAUAACGAGUCUGACAAACACAUUGCGAUCUCGUCACAAUUUUCUUUAGGCAUCGCCAACAUGUUAUUAUGAUUCAGUUAGAUUGUGUGGUUGCAAUUGCUUCCCUUUUGCCCAUAAUAAUAUAGCUGUUACUUCUAUUGGAA